AUGAAUUGGGGGAUGAUGGGGUCCCCACGACCUGGAAGUGGAGGUGGGCAGCAACACGUGUCAGUAGUUACCACAGUGUGGGGUGUGACAGGAACCACAAAUACCCCUCAAUUGGGGAGCACCGCAGGGUACCCUGGACAUACCGCCUACCCCGGGCCUGGACCCAACAAGAUGAUGAACUCCCCCUACCGACAACCCCACAAUGGUGGAUACGCUCCCUCAGGUGGGGGGUCGUUGUCGGCUGCUGCGAUGGUGGCUGCAGCAGCGACUGCCACUGCAACUGCCACUGCAUCUGUGAUGGCCAUGCAAGACCGGACUGGCAAUCCGCAACCUCAGCAGUCGAUCAUGCCGGAACAAAUCCCUCAGUACGGACAGAUGAUGGGUGGAAGUUUCAAUGGGGGCUAUGGAGGAGCUGGUGGUGGGAGGCCUAUGAUGAUGCCAACCAUGAUGCAAGGAGGAGGCCCCCCUCCAAAUAAUGGCAUGAUGAUGCCCAUGAACCCAAAAAUGAACAUGCAAAUGCAGUUUCAGGGAGCAGGCAAUGGUGGAGGUGCCAUGUAUGGAGCUGGGGCACCCCGGAACAAUCGCAUGUCCCCGUAUCCCAAUCCCUCUCAGUUCAUGAUGUCCAAAGGUGGCCCUAGCCCUAACUAUGUUAUCCAGCCUGGAUACACCCCUCAGGAGUUCCCACAGUAUGGAGCUCAGUACGGAGGUGGUCGUGGGACAUUCCAGCAAGGUUAUCCUGGGCAAGGGACACCCAUGGCACCCAGCAUGCGCAUGCGUGCACCAUACACCCCAACAAAUCAGUAUUAUCCUGGAGGGUACCCAGGACCCGGACCUGGACCCGUUCCUGUGCCUCCCAUAGGUGGGUCCUUUGCCUCUACCACUCCACCGGGAAGUGGAGGAGGGAAUGUGAACAUGAACAUGAAUAUGAAUAUGAACAUGAACAUGAAUAUGAACAUGAGUAUGAACAUGAACAUGAAUGGCAAUGGCUUCAACUCACCAAAUUACCAGCACAGCCCCAUUCCAGGAAACCCUACUCCACCAUUAACUCCGGCCUCUACAGUCCCACCCUACAUGUCUCCAACAGAAAGUAUUAAACCUGCAUUCUCCAGUGAUGUGAAACCUCCAAAUCCCGGUGCAAAAGAGGAGGUUCGUCUGACUUUUCCGGUCCGUGAUGGGAUCAUGCUGCCGCCAUUUCGACUGGAACACAACCUGGCUGUCUCCAAUCAUGUCUUCCACCUCAAGCCUGAAGUCUAUCGUACCCUCACAUGGAGAUCCGACUUGGAGUUGCAAUUGAAGUGUUUCCACCAUGAAGACCGGCAGAUGCAUACCAACUGGCCAGCUUCGGUUCAGGUGUCGGUGAAUGCGAUCCCACUUUCCAUUGACCGAGGGGAGGGCAAGAUCUCCCACAAACCUCUUUAUCUGAAGAAUGUCUGUCAACAGGGACGAAACACCAUUCAGAUCACCGUCACUGCCUGUUGCUGUUCACACCUGUUUGUACUGCAACUGGUGCAUCGACCGAGUGUUCGAAGUGUCCUGCAAGGUCUCUUGCGGAAACGCCUCCUCCCGGCAGAGCAUUGUGUCACCAAGAUCAAGCGCAAUUUCUCAUCGUCCUCCAGUGGAGCAUCUCCUUCAGGUGGAAAUGGGGAUGCGGAUGGUGUGGAGCAGAUGGCCAUCACAGUGUCUCUCAAGUGCCCUAUCACGUUCAAGCGCAUCACCCUCCCAGCCCGGGGGAGCGACUGCAAACACAUCCAGGGAUUUGACCUGGAAUCCUAUCUUCAGAUGAACAGUGAACGAGGCAGUUGGCGCUGUCCCAUUUGCAAUAAACCAGCACUCCUGGAGGGGCUGGAAAUAGAUCAGUAUUUAUGGAGUGUGAUUCAAAGUCUUGGGAGUUCAGAUGUAGACGAGAUCACCAUUGAUGCAUCUGCUUCCUGGAAACCUGUCUCCAAGUCUUCCCUCAAGGAAGAGGAAGGGGACUCCUGUGGUGGGAUGUUAAAGGCAACAUCUCCUGGGAGCAUGACCCUGCCCACCAUAUCCAGUUGGGAAUCGGGGAGCCAGUCCAUGUCCCCUUACUCCCAGCUGGUCACUCCUGACAUGAACAGCAUAAAUAAUGGUUCACUGAUGACGCCUGGAGGCUAUGGAGGUUCGGGCUACGGUGGAGGCCCCCUGUCGCAACUGAGUGAAAGCGUGAAUCAGCUGAACCCCCUGAAUGCAAUGGAGAAGACACUGAACGAACAGUUCCUCUCCAACCGGAUGUCCACAGCCACUCCACCCGUCUCCUCAUCCUCAUCCUCUUCUUCCUCGUCAUCUUCAUCCACCACCACAACCACAACAAGUGUUGCCACCCCUGCACCUCCAUCCAACCAGCAAAUGCAUGGAAACCCACAGACCCCCCACACGCCACAUACACCAAAUACACCCCACACACCGGUCCCUGUCAUGUCAUCUGCGCCUGCGUCGGACCCUUAUGUAUUCGCGUCUGAUCUCCAUUUUGAUCCUGCGGCUGUCAUCGAUGGUGAAGGUCAAGGACAAGAGGAACUUAAUUUGCUUCCAGACAAUGAUGUGGAUCCAUGGGACAUAAUCUCUUGUUUGGAGAGGCCAGACCUGGCGACCCCGCCUUCGAGCGGCGGGUCCUCCAACGGGAAUGCACCGGGUGGAUUCUCCUCCUUCCCCUCCACGACCCACACGACCAACGAUGACCUCCUCUCUCUCUUUGACUCCUGCAAUAUUCAGUUGAAAUUCGAAUUGGCAGUGGUAACAGUGGCUGGUGAGCAGAUUGUUCAUUUAAAACAGUCUGGACUGAAUUGUCUCAAAAAACCCGACGUUGCCAGUUCUAGGGAAACAAAUUGGUCCUCGGCAUUUGUAACGCUGCAGGCCAUCGAGAAGGAUCCUCUUGGACCGAGGGGCGGCGUUCAUCUUGUCUCAGAAAACCAAAGAUUUUAUUUCUUGCUGAAUGCGGCUGGUUGCGGGAAGCAAGCGGCCGGAUCUGGUCGUGAUGUGUGCGUGCGUGAGGCAAAGCGCCGUACGUCACGACGACCGAAGCCAAGCAAUGAUGAAUCACGAAACACUCGGGGAAGCCGAAGCGCGCGGAGCCUCCAACUCUGCCCGCCUGAACACUCGCCGCGCGAUCCCAUCGAGCCUGGCCGUGUUAUUCUGGCCGAGAAGGCUCUGAUACAUGGGGAUGAGGGCCUGGACGUAGCAGAGGCAGCAGGUGACGUCCCGCUCGUCGAUGCAGACGAGGGCGUUCAGGAGGAUGCCGAGGUAGUUGUCCUUGGCGCAGGGGACGCAGAAGAAGUAGGACGUCGCGAGGUCGAUCAGGCCGAGGCCGAUCAACGGGCCUUGACUUUGACCUUGACCUUGGUUUGGUCUGAAAAGGCCCUUUCCCUCGACGAAGGCGAUCCCGAGUGGAGAGAAGAGUCCGAGGAUCCAGGCGAGGUGCACCAGGUGUCCAUGCUUCAUGGCACGAACCUGUACAUAUCGGUGCAAAUUAUUCAAAAGGAAAUUGCAAUUUUGCAAAAGCGGAGUAUAAUGGUUUUAUAA